AUGAGUGUUUUCAAAAUCAUCGAGCAUAACAUCCCGGGCCAGCACAUCCGCGAGCACCCCCACAGUAUCAAGGGACGCCAAGAGGCGGUCCUGCAGCUCGCCAUCAAGCAGUACAUUCCGGUCGACCAGUCGGAUCCGAUUCCAGACAAUGCAGUCACGGUGAUUGGGGCUCAUGGAAAUGGCGCGCCUAAGGAAUUGUUCGAGCCGCUGUGGGAACAACUUUAUGUGUACCUGAAGAAAUGCUCGGUUCCACUGCGUGCAAUUUGGAUUGCAGACGUCUCCAAUCAAGGUGCAAGUGGUGUCUUGAAUGAGGAUAUCCAGGGAGACACUACAAAUUGGUAUGAUCAUUCUCGUGAUCUUUUGCACAUGGUCAAUCAUUUCCGUGAUGAGUUCCCACGACCCAUCAUUGGAGUCGGCCAUAGCAUGGGAUGUGCCCAACUGGUCCAACUCUCCAUCAUUCACCCUCGCCUUCUCUCAACACUGAUUCUCUUCGAGCCAGUCAUCUUUGACACGAGCUUUGGCGACUUCAAUACAGCCAAGUUCGUCGCCAGGAGACAAGACCUUUGGGAGUCUCGAGAGAAAGCAGAGGCAACCCUCCGCAAGAUUCAACGCACAUGGGACCCUCGGGUUGUGGAGAAGUAUCUGCAAUUCGGCUUACGGCCCGUUCCAACACGGCUCUACAACCAGCAGAGUGAUCCUAAUCUCUCCUCAUCGGCUGUAACACUAACAACAACCAGACACCAAGAGUCUUGGAGCUACACCCUCCCCAACCUGGAACCGGAAUCGGCCGGCCUAGAUCGGCUAUUGUUGCCAGACUGGGAUCCUGAACAGGAGCGUCCGUUGAGCUUCUCAAGACCAGAAUGCCUUGCUUCAAUGCGAAAUCUCCCAUUUGUCCGUCCCAGUGUUCUGUGGGUGUUUGCCAGCCGCAGCUAUGUCUCGGCGCCCGAGGCCCAGGAUGCCAAAAUGCGCGUAACGGGGACAGGCGUUGGCGGUAGUGGCGGUGCUGCAAAAGGAAUGGUUGAGAAGGUCGUGCUUGAUAGUUCACACGUUGUAGUGUUUGAGCAGAUCGACAAGUGUGCGGAAGUGGCGACGGAUUGGAUUCGGCGAUGGUUCCAGGGUUGGCUGGCGGAUGAGAAGGUUUUGGCCGAAUAUAAGAGCAAGAGGUCGGAUGCGGAUAUGAUCAAGGCUUCGGAGGCCUGUCUCCAAGUGACGAGGAUGAAGAUGUUCUCGAAAAGGCCUACGGCUAAGAUGUAG